AUGCAUUUCUUCCCUGCUAUCGAUGGUACGGCUGAGCACGACGGUCGGUGUUGUCAGGCAACCUUGGUUCACAGUCCGCGUGGUCGAGGGAGUUUGAGAGAACGAAUGGCCGGCGCUUCAUACACGGCCUUCUUCCCACUGUCAGCAGCUGCGUUUCUUUGCAUCUGCCAGUACUGGCUUCGGCUGAUAGACUUCAUGGAUCAGGCUGUUGAGAAGCCAUGGUACCAGAAUCCCUUAAUCUUGCUCUGCCUGCUUUUCCUGAUACUCGAAGCUGCGCACGAUUGCAUGUACCUGCAAGGUGAACACUUUGUCCUGGAAGGGCUCUACUUCUUCUGGCUGUCGGCCCUCAGCGUCGGAGCGGCCUUCCUCGGCGUCAGCAUCGCCUGGUGCGUCUCCAAGAUUCGUCUUCAGACUGAUUAG